CAUUGUGGCCGUAGGCGAACCAUGGCAGUUUGGAUCGACCGAAUUAGUUAUGCGAACUGAAAAGAAGAAGAAGAAGAAAAAAAAAAUCUGCUCCCGAAUUCAAGCUGCCGGUUAACUGCGGUCGCCUGCACGGCUAUUGGUUUUGAAAUCUUUCAUAAAACAUUUAUAGCCGCCACGAACAAAGGCUCUAGUCUUUGUUUGUAUACUUAGCUGCCCCUCGUCGACGCGUUCUGCAAUCUUUUUUUUUUUAUCUUUCAUAUCGCGAGAGCGCAGUGACACAAAAAAUCCUUCUGUCAAGGCGUGGUCGGCAGCUCUGAAUAUUUAAACACGCAGAAAGGGCAGCUUGGGAAAACCUGCGUGUGCACGCGUCGAAGCGGCCCCUUUUCCAGAGAUGUGUACGGUGGUCUAACAACGGGAAAUUGCUGCACGGAGCUUGUUAGCUUGCCAUCUUCUCGUACUGCGCAGUUAUCGCCUGCUGCAUGACUUACCGUGACUUGGUUCGUGUAAACGACUGGCUCCUGUUUUUCACGCGCUCGGCAGCCUUCACCUGAUGUUCACGGCCGUCGCUGACGUUUCCCCCGAUAACGGCGUUCGAAAAACAAUGUUUCGCGACUUGGUGGCCGAAUCCGGAGGCCCCGGCUGUGACGUGCUGUGCGGUCGGCGAGGCGGCCUGCUGCGUAAGCUGUGCUGGCUGCUGGUCGUCACUUUGCUGGUGGGUCAGUGCGCCCACGAGUGCCUGAUGGUGUUCAGCGAGUACGCCGCCUUCCCCGUGGCCACGAGCUACAGCUCCGAGCAGGGCCUCGCCAUGGCCUUCCCGGAUGUCACGGUCUGCAACGCCAACCCGCUGCGAAGGUCCCGUCUCUGCGCGGCGCAAGCCUCGCUGCACGGAAAAAAGGGUAGUGCCCGAGAAGGUCCUUGGAACGGAACUGCGCUUCCAACGCCACUUACGACGACGUAAGUGGGCAAGAAUCUCAAUCACCAGAGAAGCGCUGUAUAAUAUCGUGGAAACUAGCAAGCUUUAGAAGUUGGUUUGUUGUGUAG